AUGAGCACAAACAAAGAAGCAGCUGAUGGGGCAUCAGAAACAACAUCGCAUCCCCCCAACGUCGACGAAUCGAGCCAUGAAGACUCGGUCGACACUUCGAAAGGAGAGAAACUUGAUGAUGAGAAUACCAAUAAUUCACCAGAGACGGCAGAAUCUGGUGACAAUAACAUGUCGAGAAAAAAAUUUCUGCUUAUGUUUGCAGCCAUUGUACUCGCGGGACAAUGGAUGAUGUAUUCGGGUUUGAAGAAUCAUAUUGAUUCAGAUAGUGGUAUCAUUCCACAACUACAGCACCAGCUCAAUACCUUCAAUGCUUUCAAUGAUACCUGGAAUCGUUUUAAUCAGUCCCGAACUCACCUGACACAAGAACGGUUGCGACCUGGCUUUCAGUUAGCGGAAGAGGGUGCUCAUGGAAAGUAUCCUGUAAUCAUGAUCCCUGGAUUUGUCACGAGUGGUCUGGAAAUUUGGCAAGGAAAGGAAUGCGCCAAGAAAUAUUUUCGCACACGUAUGUGGGGAGGCGCUGGAAGCGUACAGCAGUGGCUUAUGGAGCGGCAUUGUGUCAUGGAACAUUUGACUUUAGAUCCUGUUACUGGAAAAGAUCCAGAAGGAAUCAGAAUACGAUCCGCACAAGGAUUUGAGGCAGCAGACUACUUUGUUGGCAACUAUUGGGUUUGGGGCAAGAUAUUGGAAUCCUUGGCAGAUGUUGGGUAUGAUGGCUCCAUAAUGAGCAUGGAGAGUUACGACUGGCGACUUUCCUUUCCAAAGUUAGAGGAGCGAGACGGGUUCUUCACCAAACUCAAAUACAAAAUUGAGGCUUUUCACAAAGUCACUGGAAAGAAGAUUGUGCUCACAUCGCACUCGCUUGGGGUACUUUUAGUGCACUAUUUCUUUGCAUGGGUCUCUGACGAAGACCCAAAUUGGGUCGACAACCACAUUCAUGCCUAUGUCAAUAUUGCUGGAUCUCAUUUGGGUGUUCCCAAGGCUGCGAGUGCCUUGCUUUCUGGCGAGAUGAGUGAUACAAUUUUCAUGGGAACCGCAGGUUCGCUUAUCGAACAGUUCAUUGGGCGCAAGGUCCGCUGCGAUCUGUGGCGAUCAUGGGGUUCUUUGUGGCACAUGCUGCCGAAAGGAAGUGAUGGUUUCUGGGAGAAUAUCAUCACUAUGACAGACGGAGAAGGAACCGGUUCAGAUGACGACUGGGAUAUCCUGGACAAGGAUACCCCGAUGCAUGAGGCGGUGGAGAGAUUUGGAUCAUACAGUCACCACCCUAGUUCUCGAAUCAUAGAUUUCCUUGCAAGAUUGGGAGGAGGCUACCAAUCUGAGACGGGGAAGAAAGCGUGGCAUGAUGCGUCAAAAACUCCACUUCCAAAGGCCCCGAACAUGAAGAUUUAUUGCUUGUAUGGUGUCGGCCUCCAAACGGAAAAGGCAUACUACUAUAAGCGAAAUGAAGACGAAGGAGCAACGGACGAUGACCUAUCCAAUCCGAGUGCCGACGUUCCAUUUGUCAUUGACACGAGUGUCGAGGAUGCUGAUAAUAAUAUUAUACAUGGAAUAGAGUAUACCGAUGGAGAUGGCAGCGUACCAUUGGAGUCCUUGGGAUACCUUUGUGCGGAUGGUUGGAGACAAAAAGGAAGCAAGCUUAACCCAUCAAGGAUUCCAGUCGUCACGAGAGAAUAUGAACACCGGGAGGAGUUCACAGUAGAGGAUCCGAUGAGAAGAGGGCCGCAUUCGGGUGACCAUGUUGAUAUCCUUGGACACAACGACGCUCUUACUGACCUGAUUCGCAUUGUCACAGAUCAUGAAGUGGACGAAGUGAAAGACAACAUCAUCUCCAAUCUCAAAGAGCGUUCCGAUGAGAUCAAUACAAGGGGCGGGGUGAUGAGGCGAGGAGGAAUCCAAAAUGCAUUCAAGAGAUGGAAUAAAGGACUUCGAAAAUCUCAUAAUAAGCUGAAGGCAAGCAAAGCUUUGGCUCUGCUGAAAAAGAUUCGCCUCUUUCCAUUUCAAAAGAUGCACAGGAUUCAAAACGCUGAAGAGGCUCACGACGUUAAAGUUGGCCAAGUUGCCCAAGAUGCCCAAGAUGCUCACAAUGCCACAUAG